CCCCUCUCCUGCUCCUCCCCGCCGUCCUCGCCCGCCGCCGCCGCACCGCACUGCCCUGCCCAGCACGCACACCGCCUGCCUCGUCGGCCCCUGCUCGCCCUGCCCGUGCGUUCGCGCGAGCUGUCGCCGGACGGAUCACACGCCGCCAUUCAUUCGCCCGCCUUCUCGCGUGCCCCGUGACCCUGCUCCCAUCGGCCUCCACCCUUCUCGCCCUCUCACGCCCCAGCCGACCCCGUUAUAACCACACGCCGCACCCUCGUCCGCGUCCUCGCCUCCGCCCGCCAUGUCCUCCCUCGGCCUCUCCGCCGACUUACCCCCGCCCCCACCACCACCGCAGGAAGACGACGCCGCGCACCCGCCCCCGCGCUCCUUCUCCCAGCCCCAGUUCCCCUACCACUUCAGCCCCCGCACCGCACCCCCCUCCGCCGCGCCCUCCCUCCGCGAGCCCGCCGUCGUCCGUCUGUCCGGCCGGCCCUCCACCGCGCACGCCCCGGGCACCGCCCACCUCGGCCCCGGCGCCUUCGCACCCAUGUCCGCCUCCGCCCGCACGUCCUACACCCGCGUCGACCAGACCGCCCCCGGCACGCCCACGCCCGAGCUCGCGGAGCUCAGCCCCUCGCGUUACGCCCUCGAGGUCGACGCCGACACGCACGAGGCAGAGGCAGAGGCAGAGGCAGAGGCGCACGCGGAGGUGGACGACCCGGAGAAGGCGCACGGCGAGCAGGCCGUCCCGCAGAUGCCCCAGGUCGCGCUCACGUUCCUCACCAUCACCGGCAAGCGCCGCACCAUGUCCUUCGACCCCGACACCACCAUCGGCCGCUGGCAGGACGAGCGGCCGCCCGCGCCGUCGUACCUCCGGAUCCUGUACCUCGGCAAGAUCCUCCAGGACGAGGACACGCUCGCGAAGUGGGCCUUCCCGAUCACGCAGCCCGACCCCGCCGCGCCGCCGACGCUGGGCCAGGCGACGGUGGUGCACCUUUCCGUGCGCGCGGCGCCUUUGCCCGCGGAGGACACGCCGAAGAAGCGGCGCGGUACGGGGAUGAGCGAUGGGGAGGAGGGCGGGUGUGGGUGUUGUGGAUGUGUGGUGUGCUAGGCGGGCGCCACUGUGUUUAGUAGCUCUGGGAGGAGCAUGGAGGUGUUCAAUCUGACGCUCUCGCCCUUGUCGCGACGCGGAAAUUGCCCGAUGGUAGCGCACGCUCAACCCCGCCUGCCGACCUCUCUCCUGUCCUCUUCUCCCCGACGUCCCUCCCGCCAACCCGUGGCCGUCCGAUCCACCUGCCGCGCUCCCGUCUUACCUUCCCUCGCCUCAUCCUUGGUUCGGUUCGAUCCGACGUGACCACUGCUUUGUCCUUGGUUCGACUCUGAUUCAACUGUGGCCUCGCCCUCGACCCCGACACGACCCUACCGUCUACCCCACUAUCAACUCACCCGCCCCGCC